CUGCUUAAUCUAAUCAGCUGGUUAUGCAUGCGAUAAGUAAACAAAUCAUUGGACCAUUUUAUUUGGACCACUUGAAUAAUAUCAUGGGAGCUGUAUCGUAGGUACCGAUUUAAAACAAAAGAAGUAGAGUUUUAGUGAAGCUAUGAUUUGGUCUGGCUAGUAAUUUAUCAAGAAAAAUGCACAUGUCAUUUUGGUGGAGCUCGGAUGUGGAUGAUUUCUUGGUUUAUGGAUUCAACAUAUCUUCACCUGGUUUCUUAAGCUUAUUAUGUAUUUGUGUAGUAUUUUUCUCCUUUUUCUUUGAAUGGUUGAGAUACUUGCAGACAAAGCAGAGGCAGAGAGAGCUAAUUCUGAGGGCCAAACAGUUGAGUUUGAUAUGCGCAAAUGAGAAUACAAUUCUUCUCGCAAGAAACAUUACAGAUCGCAGAAAUCCUCUGAAUAUAACUGUAUGCGACCGAGCUCUAUUAUUUGGCACUGAUUUAUCGUUAUGGUUUGCUCUACAAAGUUUGGGAUACAUUCUUAUGCUUAUUGCCAUGCUGUAUAAUGGAUGGUUAUUUAUAGCUUGCAUUAUUGGAGGAGGUCUUGGAUACUUUGUUUUCGGGCAGAAAUUCAUGAAGAUUAAUAUGCAGAACUGCCAGAUUAUUAGGGAUACCUAUUGCAUGGCAACGUGUGGGGAACCAGGCAAUAGGAAAGACGGAGAAUCCACUCCCGCAGGAAAUCGACCAUCGACUAGUUCAGAAAAUUGCCAUAUGGUUAAUGAGGAGCAAUCAAGCAAUAGUGAGAAAGGGGAUUGUAUGAAAUGUUAGAUAUCGCUUUGUUGGAAUAAUUUGUAACCGAUUAUCGUUUUCAUGAUAUUUGUUAUCUUGAUAUUAUUAUUUUUACUUUUAUUAUCUUCCACUUUCCUUCGAUAUAAUCGAAAUAUUUUGAAAUUUCUACAUUGUAGAAACCAUAAUUUCACUUCAAUUCAAGGUAAUUCGAAAAUAGAUUGGGGGAAACUGUUUUUUUUUCGAUUAAUACAGAUUUGUCUCUGUAAUGAAAUCAUAACUUGCUUUGGGAAACACAGAGAAUAUUUUACAUUCCAAAAUUUCAAUAUUUGGCUGAAAAUUUUUACUUAUGUUGACUUAUUCCAAUUUUAAUCUCUGUGAAAGAAUGCUAUCUUGAAGAAGUACUUCGAAGGGAUGGAAACCCUUAUUGAGAAAUAUAGCGUCUUUUUCAUUGAAUUUUCUUUUUUGAGUUGAAGAAAAACUUCGAAAUUUCAUUUGAACUCCAUUAUCUAUAUAAUUUUUUCAAAGUCUAGUCAUUAAAAUUCAUUCUUCCUCAAUAUAUUAAAAAAUUAUCAAGUUUCAUUUCUUGCAAUUUCAGAUUAUGUUGGAAACACCUUUCCAGCAAUUUUAGUUACCAAAAACGAAUAACCUCAAUAUUAUAAUAAUGUUAUAUAUUAUGAUAAAUUGAAUUUUAUUAUAAUAUGUAUAUUGUUAUAUUAUAAUUUAUAUUCUAAUAUUUUAAUGUUCCUCUGAAAAAUUGAGGGGAAGCAUGUUAUAAUGAUAAUGAAUCAGUUUUCUGGUUUAUUGACUAAUGUGUGAUAAUCAUCCCGAAUUUUAUUUGUUGCAAACUGGUAGCUAUACAAAAAAUCAAACUAGUUCACAAUAGGGAAAAUGUUGGUUUUUAUAUUUCAAUGAUGUGCCUUCAAACGUAAUGAUUUGUAUUUUACCCAUUAUUAUUCUUACUGCAUUAUAUAUUUACUACGAAAAGGGUCGGAAUAUAGUAUAUUUAUACA